CAUUUUUCCACUUCCCAUCUCUUGUGGUGAGGUGAAACAGCACUAAUCGAUCACUCAAUGAUCACCACAAGCAGACUGCCCGUCUGCAAAUCAUUUCUAUCCAGAUCGUCUCUGCGUCUUGUCACAGCGACGCGCUUCCUUUCCUCUACGACCAACAGCUCCUCCACGAAUACCAGAAUCCCGCUCCAUGGCCUCACACCAUCUCAUAUCUGCUACUAUUGGGAUACGCAGAUCCCUAAUAAAUCCCAACUCGCGUACGCAGACAAAUUCUUCAAGCCCUCGCGCCACUCCCCCGUGAAAUUGUGGUCCGCCAGCAAAUUCCGCACUACACCCCUCUCCUCGUUGGAGCCCGAGGUUGCCUUCCUAGGUCGCUCAAAUGUUGGGAAGAGCUCCCUGUUGAAUGCGAUUAUGGGGAAGGAGAUUUGUUGGACGUCCUCGAAACCUGGGAGGACAAGGGAGAUGAACGCCUUCGGAAUUGGGGGUACCAAGGGUGGGGAGUCGAAGAUUGUCCUGCUGGACAUGCCGGGUUAUGGGGCUGCGAGUAGAGCGGAAUGGGGGAAGGAGAUUAUGAAGUAUCUCCAGGGAAGAAAACAGCUCCGCCGCGUGUUCGUCCUCGUAGACACCUUGCACGGCUUGAAGACUACUGACAAUACCAUCCUUAUGUUGCUGCGGCAAUACGGCAUCUCUCACCAAAUCAUCCUUUCAAAGGUCGACAAGGUCCUCAUGAAUAGAAACAAACAGGCGAAGAGCGGAAUAUCCCAAGCCAACAUAACCACGCUGAAGACCAUCCUGGAAGGUCUAAAACCCGCCAUCCAACCAGACGGCCGACUAGAAGGGCCUGGUGCUCUGGGCGAAAUCAUCACAUGCAGCGCAGAUACGCCUGCCGGAUCAUUGGGCAUCAGCGCCGUACGAUGGGCUAUUUUGUCUGCCGCUGGGUUUGACGGGAGCGUGCAGGUGAAAGACGCAUCCGCAUCACCACCACUGCUUGAACCUGCUAUCUCGAAAGUAUCCACGGCUGCGUCCUGAUGUUUAUGUUUUCGAAGACAACUAUCACUCGAAAAUAUAAUUAAUAGGGUGUUCGCCAUUGUUCAUGGGGGGCCGCAGCGCUCCCGAGCAAUGACCUCCAAUGGAAUGCUUUCAAGCACAUCCUAAAAGAAGUCUCGAAUCACACAAGCUCAUAUGUGAACAGUUUGGAAUGCGGAACUGCAGGUCCAUCUUCCAAGUUUGCGAUGAGCUUCGUUGUCAAAAAUUUCGAGGCCCGCGUUUCUCCCUUGAGGCAGGUGAAAAUGCAGUGCUGUCUGCGGAGUAUUUACAAUCCAACAACAUCGACUGUGCUGGGUAAACUGGAUUCCCUCUGUCCUAAUGACUUGUUCUGAGAUUUAGGAGGAUUCUGGGCACAACUUUUAUCUCCAACUCAUUGUUACAAGCGAGGCUUGAUAUCUGGUCAUAAAUUCUGGAUGGGAGUCUCGAAAAGAUAUACCACGUUGCCAUUAACCUGCACUUUGUGUCUAGAGUUUGUAUAUUGCUUGGACACUACGGAACUAUAGACAAAUAAAGC